CUAGAAAAUCCGCAGUCAUCGGCUUCGUUCACGAAAUCUCAGAGAAAGAACUCCAACGCCGGAGCACCGGAGACGAUGAGCGGAGUGAAGAAGGUCGGCGAGGUGGCGGCGAAGGCCGGGAAGGCCAUUGAUUGGGAUGGCAUGGCCAAGAUGCUCGUCUCCAAUGAGGCUCGCAAGGAGUUCAGCAAUCUCCGCCGUGCUUUCGAUGAGGUCAACCACGCCCUCCAGACUAAGUUCAGCCAGGAGCCUGAACCCAUUAACUGGGAAUAUUAUAGAAAAGGAAUUGGCUCAAAACUGGUGGAUAUGUACAAGGAAGCUUAUGAGAGCAUUGAAAUCCCAAAGUAUGUGGACACUGUUACACCUGAAUAUAAGCCCAAGAUUGAUGCUCUGUUAGUAGAGCUAAAAGAAGCUGAACAAAAAUCUUUGAAAGAAUCAGAGAGACUCGAGAAGGAAAUUGCUGAAGUUCAGGAAAUGAAGAAAAAGAUCAGCACCAUGACUGCUGAAGAAUAUUUUCAGAAACACCCUGAGCUCAAAAAGAAAUUUGACGAUGAGAUCCGUAACGACUACUGGGGAUAUUAAGUCAUUGGAUAGAUUGAUCAGUUUUUAUUUUUUGUCCAUCAAGUUCAAGUGAAAUAAUGGUGGGGAUUACCCCUUGUACUCUGGUGAUACUGCAUUUUGGCUGUUUUUAAUGUUGUUUGUUGUUAAUACAAUGUAGCAUUUUCCUUAUCUUGUGAUCAUUUCUGUUCUUUUA